AAUGGAUGAUAUUCUUGAUGUUGAAAGUGAAAUGGGAGAAAAUGCUCUGUCGUCUUUGACACCUGAAGAGGAACAGCAACUAUUGAACGGUAAUAAAAAUAAUAAACAAAAAAUUGGGGAGGAAAAUGUUAUGAGAACAAACGAAACUCAAACCUCGCCAGCACAUAAUAAUGCACAGAAUAUUUGUUUUCCUUACCAAAUUCCGAACAUGUCUAUUAUGACACAGCAAUUCCUGAACAUGCCUGUUAUGACUCAGCAGUUCCCAAAUCAGCAAAUGUAUGCGCAAUUUCCAAAUUGUCAAAUGCCUAUGUUAAUGCCCAUGUAUCCCCCACAGUUCAUGCAGUAUUCGCAAAUUCCGACGAAUAAUCCGCAAAAUUUUCCACCUCAAAUGAACAAUAUUCACCAAACUCAGCCCCAACAAACUUUCCAGCAGCCUGUUACACAAGUGGCGCAGCCACCGAUCAAUAGUGAAACUAACCAAAGACCCACAACUGAUUUCGCUGGGUUCAUGCACAGCUUUGAUAGAAUGUCUCUGUCGUGGGCUUUAGACAAAAUUCCAGAUUUGAAAGGUCCUGAAGGUGUAGAUCAAAUCAAGACAUUCUUCAAAAAAUUCGAUUCCGCAACUGAAGGGAUAUCAGAUGUUGUACGAUUAAAAGCCUUGGAGUCUAAAAUCAGUGGAAGAGCGGAAAGAGCUUUUAAUACCGCUUUAGGAAAUUCUCCGUUUAUUUAUUCAUCGGUUCGACGCGAAAUGCUCCGUAUUCUCGAAACGACAGACACAAAAGAAAUUUGUGCAUUCGACGAACUUAUGUCCGGAGUUAAGAGACGGGAAAACGAGAAUAUUGAUUCACUGGCUAAUAGAAUUGCAUCUUUAGUCAAACGAGCUUACCCAGGGAUGACAAAUAAUUUGUUGGAUGAGUACUCAAUAAAGCAUUUGAUAAGAAGUAUCGGUGACUCAAACCUUGCACUUAAUCUUGAAAUAGCUCGACAAGACGGGAUGAGUUUUGACAGUUUCGUUUCUCUGGCAGCUAGAGCAGAAUCGACACAGAAAGCGACUCGUCAUAUUAACUUCCAGUCUAAACCUCCUGUCCAACAAUUCUCACAACGUAAUAAUAAUUUUACCCCUCGAAAUGAAAUUACCUGCUUUAACUGUGGAAAACCAGGUCAUCUCUCACGCGAUUGCUUAACUAAUCGAAAUAAUCAAUAUAUGUCGAAAGACAACGUGGCAGCUGCUACUGGAGCUAAUAGAACAUUUCUGAAUACCAAAAAUAAUAUUAACGAGCCAAAUAGAAACGCAGCAGUUUGGCGAGGAAAUGGCCAACCAAGAGCACUCCCACCAUCAGGCAAUCAACUUAAAAACGGUUGCAUAACUAUCCAUGACGAAAUCCCUAAAAAUCACGUCAACUCUUGUGGGAUAAACAUUUUGGAAAUUAAAGAAGAGCUUAAGAAAAUUCCUGAGCAAGAAGCAAAAGCAGAGAUAAUAAAGAACUCCAUAGGCCCAGUAAUGUCAAUCAAAGUUAACGUAAAAGGUUUACCCGCAACAGGAAUGCUAGAUGGAGGCGCUCAAAUUUCGCUAAUAAGCUCAAAUUUUCUUUUAAAAAUGCUUAAAGACAAAGAGAUAGAACUAAAGAACAUUGGAUUUUCGAGAGCCAAAACAAAGAUUUCUGAUGUUAAUGGACAAAAGCUAGAAUGCCAUGGAAUUGUUGAGCUGGAAAUAAAGCGUUAA